UGGCAGUUGGCAGCAGUAAACAGACAGGACAGGAGUCUGGGUGCACUAGAGCUUCAGAGAUGGGUCUAAUUCUAAAAAUUGCCAGAGUAUGACUGCGCUGUCAGGGGGAUGUCCGGUGGCAAGUAGCAGGCAGCUGACAUCCGGAGAAGAGAGAGAAAGCUGGAAGCUGGAUAGUGAUCGACGGUCCUCCAAUGCAGAAAUACACUGAAAAGGAACCAGAGUUCAUAGUAAAAAUCCCUGGAGAAGGAGAUCAAUUCAGCAGCAAAGUCAACUCGAUGUUAAGACACAGAAGCAAGCUAAUUCUCUCUGGAGUGGAAGAAGCUGAAGCUAAACCGGUGUGACUUAUUGAAUGAAGUCUUUGAAGCAUCACCUGCAGCUUCUUCCCAUCUCAUACUGCACAGUUUAAAGGGGCAAAGAUGACCCAACAGAUGCAAAACUUACAGCUGACACAGUCCAAAAAAAUCAGUGCCCCUUCUUCACCAAAUGCAGCCAAGCGCCUAUAUCGAAACCUCUCUGAAAAACUGAAAGGUAGCCACUCAUCCUUUGAUGAAGCUUACUUUAGAGCAAGAGCUGACCGUUUUCGGAAACCUUCUGUUAACUUUCAGUGCAAUGAAGCAAUGUUCGAGGCAGUUGAGCAGCAGGACCUGGAUGCGGUUCAGAUUCUUCUGUACCAGUUUACAGCUGAUGAACUGGACCUUAAUACACCCAACAGUGAAGGAUUGACUCCCUUGGAUAUUGCUAUCAUGACAAAUAAUGUGCCUAUCGCCCGAACUCUACUAAAAGCUGGAGCAAGGGAGAGCCCACACUUUGUCAGCCUGGAAAGCAGAUCCAUGCACCUGAUCGCUUUGGUGGAGGAAGCCCAACAGAGAAUGAGCGAGUUGUCUGCAAAGAUACAGAAUGAGGGGCUGGGGGUCGACAGUACAGAUAAGGAGAAGCAGCUCAAGUCCUGGGAGUGGAGAUAUCGCUUGUACAAAAGGAUGAAGACUGGCUAUGAUCAUGCAAGAGUCCCUGAGGUGCCGACCAAUGUCUGUCUGAUGAUAACAAGCAGUACAUCACUCACUGUCACCUUCCAGGAGCCUCUGAGUGUCAACUCAGCUGUUGUGACCAAAUACAAAGUGGACUGGAGCACCUCGUCAGACUUCUCUCCCUUGGUCGGGGAAGUUAUUGUGGAAAAUCUGCAGUCUUUGAAGUGCACGGUGACAGGUCUUACUAUGGGCAAAGAGUAUUAUGUUAGAGUUUCUGCAUGCAACAUGAAGGGAUGGGGGCCCACAGAACUGUCCAGCCCAGAAUGUGCUGCUCCUUCCAACUGGAAAGACUACGAUGGACGAGAGUUCAGGAAGAAGGGUCAGAUUGAAGCAUUGGAGCGUCUCUACCAGCAGGUCCGUGCUGUUCACCAGCAUUACAGCUGUCGAGAAAGUGCGAAAUUACAAAACCCUAGUCGGAAGCAAUCAGUGUCCAGAAGUCUGAAGCAUCUUUUCCACUCAUCAAAUAAAUUUGUCAAGACAUUAAAAAGGGGUUUAUACAUAGCUGUGAUAUUUUAUUACAAAGAUAACAUGUUAGUAACCAAUGAAGAUCACAUUCCGAUUGUAGAAAUUGAUGAUUCUUGCACCAGCUCUAUUAUGCAAGAUUUCCUCUGGUUUACAAAGCUAUCAAGCAUGUGGGAUGACAUCAGGUGGCUGCGGCAGAGUAUGUCAAUUUCAAUGUCCUCCUCUACCGUCCUUCAAGCCAGACAAAAAAUGUUGUCAGCAACUGCCCAGCUCCAGAAUUUGCUUGGCACUCACAACCUAGGUCGGGUAUAUUAUGAGCCUAUUAAGGACAGACACGGGAAUGUCUUAAUAGUCACAAUUCGAGAAGUAGAAACAUUGUAUUCAUUUUUCAACGGUAAAUGGAUGCAGAUCUCUAAAUUGCAAAGCCAAAGGAAAUCUCUGUCGACUCCCGAGGAACCAACAGCCCUGGACAUUUUGCUUAUAACCAUCCAGGAGAUACUGAAUUUUCAGAAGCGGAGCCAGCAGCGCCUAUCCCCUGGACUAUACCUUGGCUACCUAAAAUUGUCCAGCUCUGUAGAUCAAAUCAAAGUUCUUGUCACUCAGAGACUCCCCAAUAUGCUGUGUCAUGUCAAGAUUCGAGAUAAUAGUAAUGUUUCCAAAGAUGAAUGGGAAUGGAUUCAAAACAUCACCAUGUCUGAGUCUCUGGACAGCAUGGAGCUUAAUCUGGAUGCCCAUACCGACAUGUUUCUGUGUGAUCUCCAGGUAGCAGUGAAGGCUCUGCUCAAGCAAAUCAAUCUACCUCUUCAUCAGGCCAAGCACUUCCGUCUGUACACACAGGAGGUGUUGGAAUUGGGUCACAAUAUCUCCUUUCUUCUUCUGCUCCCUGCCUCAGACGAUGUCUGCAGUGCCCCAGGACAGAGUAAUCCUUACACCCCACACUCAGGAUUCCUUAACCUCCCCCUUCAGAUGUUUGAGCUAGUUCACUUUUGCUGCCACAAAGAGAAAUUCAUCAACCUGUAUUGCCGCUUGUCUGCAAUAGUAGAGCUGGACUCCUUAAUUUCCCAGCAGGCUUUGCGAGAAGCAAUUACGGAUGACGAAGUUGGAGCUGCAAAGCAGAGACACCAGCAAGUCUUAGACUAUAUACAGCAAACAGAUGAAAUUUGGCGUGAAAUGAGGUGGAUUAUGGAUGCUCUUCAGUAUGCAAGAUAUAAGCAGCCUGUUGCUGGAUUGCCAAUAACCAGAUUUCUAGACCUCUCGGAAGAACAAACUCAAAAGAAAAAUAAUUCCACAUCCUCUCACCUAGAUUGUUUGCCAUCCCCUUCACCAUCACCGGAAAUGCAUCGGAGAAAAGCUGCAAUCGAUUCCCAACCCUGCUCUGAUGAAGAGGGCUGCUCCGAAGUUUUCCUCCCUACUGACAGCGACUAUGACUCCAGUGAUGCUCUGAGCCCUCGUGAGUUAGACUUAGUUUAUUCAUCUUCUAAUGACAUCUCCCAGCAAGUUGUAUCUGGGCUUAGUGGAAGUGCCCCAGAUGUUCUCCAGGUUCAUGAUAUGAAGCCCUGCCUGAGCUUGAAGGAAGAAUGUAGCGCCUUAGAUCCCAACACUGAGUUCUGCACUAGGUAUAUGGACAACCUUUCAGUAAUGGGUUUCCCUUCUAAAAGUAUGGAGAAAACAUCCAACUCAAAGCAGCAUUUAAGUCUUUUGGGUAAGAAGAGAUCUGGGAAGCACCAACAUUGCAAUUACUUUAGUCGGCAUAACCGCUGGCUCCGUGUGCACAGUGAAUCUCAGUCUUUGUCUCUGUCUGAAGGCAUUUACACACAGCACAUGUCGCGAGCUGUAGACUAUAAUGAAGAGCCUACCUCUGGUCAGGAAAUUACAAUACCAGUGGACAGCCCUCGAAGCACCUUCUUACCUCAUGCUUCAAGCUUGCCAGAAGAUAGCAAAUCUAAGUAUAGCGAAUCAAAAACAAAUGUACGCAGAAUUUAUGUUGAGCCUUACAAACAAAGCCAGCCUGAAGAUGAGGGGAAAACAUGGACCUUGAAUAUAGAAGGGUCUCAUUCUCUAGCCAAGGAACCCUCCUUGAAAGUUGUUACUACACCAGAUUUGGACUCUGAUGAGAAGACCAACUUGCAGUUAUCAGAAGUGUUUAGCAGCACACUAUAGUGAAAGGGAAACAAUGAAGCACAACUUAGAACAUUUAUUUCAAUUCUAAAAUCCUCUCUACAUUUUACAGGUUCAUCUUUCAUCCUACUGCUCUUUAAAUGCACGUUUGUAUUAUUGUGUUUUGUGUUUGUUACUUGAUGUGUAUAACGGAAUACCUUGACAGUUUGCUGCACAGCAAGGGAUGUGUGUGGAACAGUGGGAAAACGUAACAUCUCAUUAUAUAUCUGAUCUAUCAAAAGAUUAGAUAUAUAAAAAGAAAGUAAAGUUGACAAAUAAUAUGCAUAUAUUUCAUUAAAGCAGUGUAGCUCCUCUUCCACUAACCUACAGUAUACUGCAUCCAAGUUAUAUCAAAUAUGGAGAGUUGCCCUCUAUUGUUUUAUGUGGACUACAUUUUUUCAUUCAAUCCGCCUUUAUGCAAUCUUAUAGAAUACAUUAAUGACUAUUACAACAUAUUAUGACAAUUACAAUUGGCACAUGGAACAAGACAAGCAGCAUUGUGCAGUCGUCCAUACAAAUGAUCAGACACAUAUUGAGAACAGAUAAUAAACAUUGUAUCCAACAUAAAAGAGGAAGUAUCACUGAGCGGUUUCCUGCGCACAUAGUAUUAAACUAAGCAAGGCAACAACAUAUCAACAAAACCUUAAAAACUGCAGAAAACCACCUAAGUGUAGAAUGAGAUCAUUUACUUGGCUUCUACACAAUUCCCUCUAAAAUAUCUCCCAAUAAGUACUAGUUAAUAUGUUGUUGUUAUUAUUAUUAUUAGUAUUAUUAUCCUUUAUUUAUAUGGUACCACAAGGGAUCCGCAGCGCCCAUUACACAGUACAUAAUCAAAUGAGCAAACAACAAAACAGCACUUACAGUACAGGACAAAAUAGAGCAGGUAUAGAAGACCCGGGGUUAGAUGCUAUCAAAGGGAGUAUUGCGAGCUUACAAUCUAAAAGGUGAGGGGCUAACAGAUCGGAGUGACACAGAAGGGGUAGUAGAAAGUUGCUGUUCUCUAAUUCAGUAGACUGUGGUUAGAAGAAUUAUCUCCUGUAAUGUUUAUCGCUGUGUUUGAAACCUUAUUCUGUUUCCCAACAUAGCUAUCCUUCACUGCAACCAUGCAUCCAGCUGAACCAGCCCUAUAAAUAACUUUUCUACCACACUGUUAAAACAUACUUGCCUACAUUUUCUGUCACCUCUCCUCAAGACACCCACAGAGGAGAUGCUGCCGAAGGCUUCAGGGGCGAGGCUGGGCUUACACACAAUUAAACCCCACCCACAACCUGAGAAAGCAUUCAUGAUUCGUGGGUCCGUAAGUAGGGAGUGGUGCUAAAUGUUGCUUUUCUUGUCAUUUAGCCCCACUCCCUUAGCCCGGUGCAGAAAUUUUGUCCCUAUACUGCACCGCCUCACUAGGAAGAUUUGCCUACUCUUCCAUGGAUGCAGGGAACUACUCGAAAAAUCAGGCGUAUCCCACAACUUCUGGGAACAUAGGCAAGUAUAUGUUACAGUACAUUGUGCAUCGGUCUGAGGUCUUUGCCAUCAUCAGGGCCAGACUAAGGGCCACAAGGCCCUGGAACUGAAAAUGAUCAAGAAACUGUUGUGAGAAGCUGAAAAGCCGUGACCAGUGAUGUGUGGGCAGUACCAUGAAGGGUGUGUAAACCCCCCCCCCCCCUUCCAAUAUCUGCCUAUGUCAAAUCUGCAAAACAAAUAGUGAAUUUUAAUAUUUAUGAUUUAUGGCACACCAUGUGACCAACUAGGAAACUGGUUAUCAUCAAGCUGUCACAAUGAUCAGCCUAUUUUUAUGUUGAGAUCCACCCACUCCUUUGUUAAUCUUGUCCUGGCCACAGUUACUAUUGCUAGGAGGCUGUAUGGAAACACUAUGUGCAUAUGUUGUGCUGACAUUACAGAGAAAAUGUAGUUGUAGGACGGAUAUAUUUUGAGUGGAUAUUCAUAAUUUGUGUACCGUAGAGGCUAGGGAAUAGAUUUGUCUGAUUCUGAAUGCUGCCUGCUUUAUUGUUAUUUAUGUUAUACAGUCCACUGUAAAUGAGAACCGCUUUAUUACACGUGGCAAGGGUCUUCAUAUUGUUCUCUGCCAGAAUGGUUUCCAUUCAAAGUAUUGUACUUUUAAUCAUAUAUUUCAGGCCUGGCCACCUUCUCCAGCUGUCUCAGCAUGGCCUGCCACAGUUUUAGAAUUCCCUAAUAGCAGAACUGUAGCAGGGCACACUGUGACUUGUAGUUUCACAGCUAGAGAGUCACAGGUUAGCAUCCCUGAUAUUUUUAUUUGUUUAUUUAUACAGAACCAUCCUUGUGGUUUUACAAGGCAUGGUUUUUCCUUGUAAGUGAUUGCCCCUCCAAAAAAACGUUAAAGUUUGGCCGGCAUUCCGCACCUCCGGUGAUCUCGAACUCCAUUACAUCCCGCAGCUGGUGUCCCCAAUUCAUAUUAUGCCACGUUACAGUGCCCUCCAGGUCAAAUGUCAUGUUACAGUGUCCCAGUUCAUAUUAUGUCACACUAUAGUGCCCCCAUAUCAUAUUGUGCCAUUCUUAUUAUGUAACAUUAUAGUGUCCUCCACAUUACAAUAAGCAGAUCAGAUUAUGCCACAUUACAUUGCCCCAUUACCAUUAUUACAUCCAUUACACACACCUCUCACUGAAAAUGUAAUGUCACACAAUACAGGCUGGGCAAUGGAUCAGACCCAAUAGCUUAGCAGGCAAAUCUUGGAAAUUGGUAUGCAACUUUAAAGCCUGGGUCCAGGCCCUCCUAAGUCUCUGGGCCCCAUAGAAAUGGCACAGCUUGCACCCACUAUAGUUAGACACAUGACUUUGACAAUAGAAGGGUGGUUCCUCAGUCACAGGCAAAGUGGCUGUAGCUGGGAGCAGCCGUGGAAGCAUGAUUGACUACCUUAUGCUAAUAUGAGUAUCCGUACAAGCCAUGUGGGGGCUCAUGCACCUGCAAGCAGACACCCUUGCUGCCCAUUGACUUUACACUGGCUCCAACUGCCAUCAUUAAUAUUUACGCUAGGUGCAAGAGAUCUCUCAGAAACAGGCUUCUCUUCCCUGUACACAUGGCUCAGAUUCAUACAGAGCUUCUGCCACAUGCCUGUGACUCUUCCAUGACACUCUCACAGGUCCUGGUGGAUACAGGGCCAGACUGGCCAUCUAGCACUUCUUGCAAAUGCCAGAAGGUUGGAUGGGAUGGUCCAGCAUAACUGUCUGGUUGAGCAGCUCUGCUCAGCUAUAUGGCAGGAAGAGAGUCAGUGGCUGUGGAGUAGCUCAGCCUCCCAGUGCUCUGCUUGGCUGCCCAACUCUCAGAGACAGGAGCUGGCCGAGCAGCUCCACAUCCAGCUGCUCUAGUCAACCGUCCAAACAUACUGAUAUAUGGGGGUGUGCUGCUAGGCCACACCCCCAUUAGAUGUGACCAUGCCCCUUGUCAUAUGUGCACACACGACUGCAAGGCCCAUUCCUGGAUGAAUAGAAUACAUCCAUCGCAUUGUGACUGCUCAGCUCACACUUUAUUUCAUGGUAAGACAGAUCAAGCCAUGAUCCCUCCAACACAAAAAUGCAUAACUUUGCAUCUGCACAUCUGCUGUAUGCAAAAACCUGCCAUUUGUGUCUGUAAAUAGAGACUUAGCCCCAGAUAACCCAACUAGAUAAUGGAAAGAUGUCAUCAUUUUGCUGUAAGUCCUACCUGUAAAACAAAAGGUUCUUUCACAGUCUCUAAAUUAAUUUAGUAGAAUAUAGCUUGGGACGGAUGUGGGAGCUCCUUUUAAAUACUGACAUACUU